UCCCAGCAUUUAAUAGACGGAGCACGAGAAUUUCUCGAUGAGGAGGAUGACAGAGAGCUGAGCCGUGUCACCCUGUCUGCACGAAAGGUUAUCUCUUUGCAAGGAGAUGGUAAAGGUCAGGUUGCCAACUACCUCCCCUCUGCUAGGAAGAUAACUCAGGUCAGCGGGCGAGGCUGAGAGCCAGCCUGUAUAAAUGGGGGCACAGAGGUGGUGCAGAGGGAGCCACCUCGGUCGCAGGCAUCUCAGUUGAGCAUGGCAACGCUCGGGCUGCUGCUGCUGGCUUCCUGGGCUCUCACUGGGACUCUGCAGCUGCAGGCUGAGGCCAGGCCAGCGCCCUACGGAGUGAAGCUGUGUGGCCGCGAGUUCAUCCGAGCGGUCAUCUUCACCUGUGGGGGCUCACGAUGGCGCCGGGCAGACAUCUUGGCCCACGACUCUCUGGGGGACUUCUUCCCGGAUGCAGAAGGCAACACGGACCACUUGGCCAGCGAACUGGACGAAGCUGUGGGCUCCAGCGAGUGGCUAGCCCUGACCAAAUCCCCCCAGGCCUUCUAUGGUAGUCGACCCAGCUGGCAAGGGUCGCCUGGAGCGGUUAGGGGCAGCAGAGAUGUCCUGGCUGGCCUUUCCAGCAGCUGCUGCGAGUGGGGCUGUAGCAAGAGCCAAAUUAGCAGCUUGUGCUAGGAU